GGGUUGGCGGCCGAGCGUGCGAGAGGCUUCUCUGCGCUGCGUCUCCGCGCAACUGCCCGCCCGGUGCUAUGGCCGCCGAUCGGCGCGGGAAGGCCGAGACUCUGGCCCUGAGGCGGCGGCUGCUAAGCGAUUCUUGCAGACUCUUUUAUCCUGAGGAUCCUAUUAAGAUUGUCCGGGGCCAAGGACAGUACUUGUACGAUGAACAGGGUGCAGAAUACCUGGAUUGUGUCAACAAUGUGGCUCAUGUUGGGCACUGCCACCCUCUCGUGGUCCGAGCAGCGCACGAACAAAACCAGGUGCUGAACACCAACAGCCGGUACCUGCACGACAACAUCGUGGAUUAUGCACAGAGGCUAUCAGAGACCCUGCCGGAGAAGCUCUCUGUGUUUUAUUUCCUGAAUUCUGGGUCAGAAGCCAAUGACCUGGCCCUGAGGCUGGCCCGCCAGUACACGGGACAUUGGGACGUGGUGGUGUUAGACCAUGCUUAUCACGGUCACCUGAGCUCCCUGAUUGACAUCAGCCCCUACAAGUUCCGAGACCUGGAUGGCCAGAAGGAGUGGGUCCAUGUGGUAUGCACUGCCCAAGUGGGCAACAGGUCGGUGCUCACCCCCCCCAGCCUGGAUGACACGGCGCUGUCACUCCCACAGGCACCUCUCCCAGACACCUACCGGGGUCUUUACCGGGAGGACCACCCCAAUCCGGCUGGGGCCUAUGCCAGCGAGGUGGAACGCGUGGUGAACAGCGUACAGGAAAAGGGCAGGAAGAUUGCAGCGUUCUUUGCAGAGUCUCUGCCCAGCGUGGGAGGACAGAUCAUCCCCCCUGCCGGCUUCUUCCAGGAAGUGGCAGAGCACAUCCACAGGGCCGGAGGGGUCUUUGUCGCAGACGAGAUUCAAGUGGGCUUUGGCCGAGUGGGCCAGCACUUCUGGGCCUUCCAACUGCAAGGAGAAGACUUUGUCCCUGACAUCGUCACCAUGGGCAAGUCCAUCGGCAAUGGCCACCCCGUAGCCUGUGUGGCCACAACCCAAGCUGUGGCAAGGGCAUUUGAAGCCACCGGCGUCGAAUACUUCAACACGUUUGGAGGCAGCCCGGUGUCCUGCGCCGUGGGCCUGGCCGUCCUGGACGUCCUAGAGAAGGAACAGCUGCGGGCCCAUGCCGCCUCCGUGGGCAGCUUCCUGAUGGAGCUCCUCAGACAGCAGAAAGCCAAACAUCCCAUCAUUGGGGACAUCAGGGGCACUGGGCUCUUCAUCGGUGUGGACCUGAUCAAAGACGAGGCAACCAGGACACCAGCAACUGAAGAGGCCAAUUACGUGGUGUCCAGGUAUUUUUUCUUCAGACGAGUUACCUUUGCAGCGUCUAAGGCCCUGACCAAGAGCCUCCCUCUCACUUCUGUUGUCACCGUGUUCCCAGGCACGGAGUGGGCAUCUGGGCCCGAGCAGGGAAUGGGCCACCCAUCUGUGUGCCCCCUGGCUCUCCAGCCAGGGAAAGCAGCUGCAUCAGCUCUGUGGCCCAUGUGUGGCUGCAAAAGCUUCAGAUGGGUGCAGGCCAUUCCCAGCCUAGAAUGCCAAAGCCACGGGACCCAAAAGCCACACUUCUCAGACCUGGGCUGCUGGAGGGGAAGAAGCUUCUCCAGAGCCACAUCAGGGACUGAGGCAGAAGCAGACUCAAGGCUCCCUGUCCCCCAGAGCAGUGUGUUUGAGAUGGACAGGUGCAAGGCAUCUGGGUGACCGAGCAUCUCCGGACUCCCAAGUCCCCCACCCCAGCCCAUCUGCAUGUUCCUGCACUUGAUCCCAUCCAGGACCUGAGCCUCAGUACCCGAGCCUUGGGACCCUUCCCCUUGUUACUCCCUUUCUAUCACCCUUCCCUACUCCUACCCCUUUCCCCCACCUUGAGAAACCCUUCUGGUGUGUCCCUAUUUAUUCAGUGUGAAAUGCGCAUCAUUCGAUUUUGAUAACCCACGAACAGUAAUGAUGUAAAAAUGUUCUCCUCCUCCAGAUUUUGAGACUGACCCCUUUUUUGGGGGGUCCCGGCCCCGCCUCCUCUGCUGGUUGGGCACACCCACCAGUUCACCCACCACACCUCCUCUUCCCCCUCCCCCCCACGGAGCCUCAGAACCCAGAAGCUGUGGGAGGAGAGAGCCAGACCUGGAGCCAGGCCUGACUUCUUCCACCUCACGCAAGUUCUCCAGUUCAGGGAGAAAACUUGAACCAGGGGCAGGUGUUCUACCCACAGUUGGCCUGCUUGUAGGUGGCACGGCCAGAUGUGAAGUAUGGACCUUGUUCUUUCUAGUACAACCAUAGUCCAUGCCAGGAAGAACGUAUGGAAGAAAGGAGCCAGAAGGCAGACUGAGGACACAGUCUGUUCCUGGCAAGACUUGAAAAUAACAAAAGGAAUAAAAAAAAGAAUGGAAGUGGGGGUCAGAGAGAAUGUGAAAUAACCAUCAGAUCAGUCUCCUUUCUGGCCAAAUCACCUUCCUAGUUUAAAAGCUGUACGUGUGAGAUAUGAAAGUUCUUAGAAACUGUUGUAAAACUAAGGGUGAAGUCAUCUCCCUAAAAAGAAAUGGAAAAUUAAAACUGCAUAGUCCUCUGGGAUUUCAAGAUUACUUUCGGGAAGAAAACAGAAACAAGGCUGGCAGGGAAAUUACGAAGCCAGGUAAGGGAGUAUGUCGGGUUCGCUGUACCAGUCUGUAACACCAGUAAGUGCAAGGAUCCUUGCUGUCUACAUCGUAGCUGUGGUAGUCUUGGCUUAGACAGGAACUCCGGGACAGACAAGGUGAGGCCCCUACCCUGGGUGGGGGAGGCAGCAGACUCAGGAACAGGUGGAGGGCACCCUAGGUAGGAGCUGUUCAUGCUGGGCAGGUAGGUGUUUGGGAAGAGGCAGCCAGUCCUGUGUCCUGGUGGGAACCCACCUGUGGUGGGGCUCCAAGGGUAGUGUGGCUGGAUCCGGGGCCAGAAGGCUCUGCCAUAUCCUGUCCUCACAGGAUGAAGGAGAACUACAUUUUGCUGAGCACUGAUGGCCCAGGGAGGAACGUCCUCAAGUUUAAACCCCCGAUGUGCUUCAGUGUGGACAAUGCACGACAUGUGGUGGCCAAGAUGGAUGCCAUCCUGACAAGUAAGCUGG